AUGCUCGCUAAUCCAGCCAGCCAAGGACAGGGAUUUGUUCAUCCUGCCUUGGAGCUUAGGAUGGAAAGGAUGCUUCGUUUUGAACAGUUCAUUCCCCAUCUCUCACACAAGGACCACUGGUCGAUGCGAUAUCGUGCAUACCCUGAGCACGCCUUUCUUACGAUCGAACUGGCGGCCGCUGUGUAUUCCCAUCCGUGUUUUUCCCAGAACUCUUCCCGACCGCAAGGGUCUGUCACUACUUGGACAUUUUUCCGGCAUGCUCUUAUUAAUGGCGCCCAAUUUCCUGUCAUCAUAUGGUUCAAUCUCGUACAAAAUGUGAUAAACGAAGACACAUUUGGUCCCAUCGACGCGACAUCCCAGGAUUUAUUUCCUGUUAUCCUAUGUUCAUCAGUCUAUCGGGCUCUCGCUUAUAAUGUGCCAUCGACAUUACCCUUGUCGUCACCUGCAGUAGAUUUUGGAACUGCUGUCCUGAGAUUUCAGCCGGAGGUAGUCGACCAGCUUUUGCAAUUGUUUUCUACAUAUAAUCGACACCAGGAUCACCCGUCCAUCUCUAUACGCUUGAGAGUCAUUCUGUCUCUCACGGAAUUUACGCUUUCUCGACUCUCUACGACUGAAACCGAAGAUGUUCGAGAGGCAUUCCGCCUUAUCGUCCAUUCCUUGAAAACACAUGUAGUUUCGUCAGCUCUUUCUGCCAAGGAGACCACCGCAGUAUUCGACACUAUCCUUGCAGUGUUUGAGAAUGGAAAAUGGGCUCUCUCACUCGACUGGGCGUGUGCGGACUUCCUAUGCAUAUAUGCGUAUGUGCUCGGCAUCUCGAACACUAAUACUGUCCCCGUAGAACGCCUUCCAGAAGCAGCCUUGUCCGAACCGGUACUGAAAGAGCUUGUCUCUAUCCUCAUUGUCAAACCCAUAGACCAAUAUGGCCUCAUUAGCUCGUUCAAUCUCGUUUGCGACAUCAUAGGAUACGGGCUCCGGGAGGAUGUCAUGGCGGCAUAUGACGUACUCCUGGACAUGCGCUGCUUCGAGGUAUUCAGUCGUAUUGCAUUCUAUCCGUGUUUGGUCAAAGUUGCUGGGGGAUAUCCUGAAAACCUUGUUGUCGCUUGCAUGAUCUUGGCCGUCAACGACUGGGAAAGCGUCGAUACAGAGAGGGUCAAAAUGGAUAUCAUGGGACUUGUUCAGCUUCGACCAUGGGAUCCCGCGUGGCCCAUUUGUCGUGAACGACUUCAGGACCUGGUUGAAUCUGAUCGGUUCUUUUCAUCCCAAUGCAAGUUAGAUGUGGAGAUUCUACCGUUGACGGAGAAUGAGAUAGAACUAGAGAGGAGAAAUAUACGGCUGGCGAUCGGUGUGCUCGAUGCGUACUUCUCUGGCGGCUCAGAGCCGCUGUCUGACUGUAGCGCCUGGAAACCUUUGGCACGGAGUCAUGCGCGCGGCCUUGUGAACUGGCGUCUGAGCCAAGAUGAACAGACGCAAGUAUGA